AUGUAGUCAGUCAGCCGAAGCAUGAGGUCUUUACACUCUGUUUAAUUCUCAGUAACGGUAGUUAGUUAAAUAUUGAAAAUGUGGUGUUAAGUGAGCUGAUAUAGUCGGUAUUUGCUGUCACUUCUUAAGUCGUUUACAAGGGAAUCACUAGCUUGUAACCAGCCAGCGAACUCUCGCCUGUAACGUUAUUCUUCACCUCAACGAUCAACACUGCUAGCUACGAUGUGAUCGUGAAUUAUAGCUGUCGAGGGUAGUUACGGUUGAUAUUGUCAUAACCGAAUGGCUACAGUAGCAUCACGUUUGUCUUCUUUUAACGUCUGAAUGCUGUUAUUUCGAUAACUAUCUGAGGUCCGCGUCUGGAGGAUCCGCUAUAUUCUCGCGGUGGAAAUCACCGAAGAGACCGCAUCCACAGCACUGUAGUUCACAUCAAGGAAGAUGUCUUUCUUCAAUUUUCGCAAGAUAUUCAAGUUAGGGCCCGAUAAGAAGAAGAAGCAGUAUGAACAUGUACACAGAGACGUUAACCCAGAGGAAAUCUGGGAGAUGGUUGGGGAACUGGGAGAUGGAGCGUUUGGCAAAGUGUACAAGGCUCAGAACAAGCAGAAUGGGACCCUCGCUGCUGCAAAGGUUAUCGACACAAAAACAGAGGAUGAACUGGAAGAUUACAUGGUAGAGAUUGAAAUUCUGGCCUCCUGCAACCAUUAUCACAUCGUCAAACUGCUGGAUGCCUUCUAUUUUGAAGGAAAACUUUGGAUUCUGAUUGAGUUCUGUGCGGGUGGUGCAGUGGAUGCCAUCAUGUUGGAACUGGAGAGGCCCCUGACAGAGCCUCAGAUCCGUGCGGUGUGUAGGCAGACCUUGGAGGCCUUGUCUUACCUCCAUGAGAACAAGGUCAUCCACAGAGAUCUGAAAGCUGGCAACAUCCUCCUUUCCUUGGAUGGAGAUGUGAAACUGGCUGACUUUGGGGUGUCUGCUAAAAAUACCAAGACAUUACAGAGAAGAGAUUCUUUCAUCGGCACUCCAUAUUGGAUGGCCCCAGAGGUAGUCAUGUGUGAAACAUCCAAGGAUCGUCCGUACGACUACAAGGCUGAUAUCUGGUCCCUCGGUGUCACCCUGAUAGAGCUGGCGCAGGUAGAGCCGCCCAACCACGAGAUGAAUCCCAUGAGAGUGUUGCUGAAAAUAGCAAAGUCCGAGCCACCAACACUCAUGCAGCCCUCUCAUUGGUCACCAGAAUUCAGUGACUUUCUGCGUAAAGCACUUGAUAAGAAUGUGGACAAUAGGUGGAGUGCAGCACAGCUUCUACAGCAUCCUUUUGUCACCAGUGUGACUGAUAGCAAACCUCUCAGAGAGCUCAUAGCUGAAGCCAAAGCUGAAGUCACAGAGGAGCUCGAGGAUAGCAAAGAGGAAGAGGAGGAGGAGGAGUCGGAUACACCUCUGGUUGCACCUGGGCACAAGAGAGCGCCAUCAGAUGUCAGUGUGGCCAGCUCAGAGGAUGAUACGGUUCCACCAACUCCCUCAACGCUGGAAGCUAUUACAGAAAAGAUGGAAACUAAAUCUGCUGAGGACCAGACCAGUGAUAAGCUCUCAGAUGAAGGACUUGGAACAAGUGAAAUGGACAAGACUGAGGAGGAGAAACUCAAUGAGGUGUCUGAUGCCAGUAAUGAAGACCUGGCCUCUGGACUUAUAGAGCCCACCAAGGAAAUUGUCUCACAAGGUCCAAUAGAACCUAAACCAGAAGAUGGUCAGGUUCAAGAGAUUCCUGCUCAACCCGAACUGUUACAGCCAGAAGAACCUGUAGAUACAUCACAUAUCCAAGAACUUGUCACAAAUGGUCAAGAAGCCGAGGAGGAACAGGAGAGACAAGUAGAGAAAACAGAAGACGAACUUACUCGGGAAAUAGAAGAUGAGAGAAGACCCAAGGAAGAAAAAGAAACCGGUACAGAAGAAGCCAGAUCAUCGGAACCUGAAGAUGCACCAGAAGAACCAGAAUCAGGAGACAUGGCACAGACUGAAGAAGAAACCAAAGAACUAGAUGACGAGAUACCUCAACACAAAGUGACAGAGGACACCGCUACUGGCACAGAUAUAAAUAUAGACACAGAGAAUAUAAAAUCAAAUCUAGCAGACACAAAUAUAAAUGAAGACACAGACACAAAGUCAAGUGUGGAUGAGUCCUCCGCUGAAGUUUUGUUGGAGGAGGAGACUAUAGAAAGUAAACCAGAGGAGAAGCCUGAGGAUGAGGUUCGUGAGGAGGCAGACCAGCCCGAACAUGAGAAUCAGACCAGUGAAGAAGCUGAACUGGAGGAACAGGCACCAUCUGAAUUCAAGAGUGGAGUCAGCGAUGAAGCCAAAGAAACCUCUGAGGAUUCAGAACAGGUGGUCCCAUCUAAAGAUGUCUCUGUGAAGCAAGAUGAAGAGAAAGCUACUUGUGCAGAUGAGAGCACUUCCCAAGAUGCCGUCUCUGUCCCAGAGAGUGAAACAGAUUCAGAAACCAAGAUCGAUCAUGGAAGUCCUGCUGUAAGCAAACCAGAUGUGGAGAAAGACACUGACUCUGGAAGCAGUUCUGCUGCUGAUAGCAACAGCCUUGACCUGAAUUUAUCCAUCUCAAGCUUCCUUUCCAAGAGCAAAGAAGGGGGUUCUGUGUCCAUGCAGGAGUCAAAACGUCAGAAGAAGACGCUGAAAAAGACACGCAAGUUCAUGGUGGAUGGUGUGGAGGUCAGUGUAACAACGUCGAAGAUAGUGACAGAUAACGACACCAAGAGUGAGGAGAUGAGGUUCCUGAGGCGGCAGGAGUUGAGAGAGCUGCGCCUUCUGCAAAAAGAGGAGCAGAGGGCCCAGCAGCAGCUUAGCAACAAGCUGCAGCAGCAGAGAGAGCAGAUCUACCGGCGUUUUGAACAGGAAACUACUGCUAAGAAGCGUCAAUAUGACCAGGAAGUGGAGAAUCUUGAGAAGAAGCAGAAGCAGACCAUUGAGCGACUGGAGCAGGAUCACACCAGUCGGCUCCGAGACGAAGCCAAGCGCAUCAAAGCGGAUCAAGACAAGGAGCUUUCCAAGUUCCAAAACAUGCUGAAGAACCGAAAGAAAGAGGCAGUGGCCCAGGUUAUGAUACAGUCUUUUCAGUUGUCCUCAUGCGCACUCUUCAACGCUCAGAUGCAGGAUGAGCAGGAGUUCCUACAGAAGCAGCAGCAAGAGCUGGACGGCGCGCUAAAGAAGAUCAUUCAGCAGCAUAAACUGGAGAUCGCCACUAUUGAGAGAGACUGUCUCAACCACAAGCAGCAGCUGAUGAGAGCUCGAGAGGCAGCCAUGUGGGAGUUGGAGGAGCGCCACCUGCAGGAAAAGCACCAGCAGCUGAAGCAGCAGCUGAAAGACCAGUACUUCAUGCAGAGACACCAGCUGCUGAAGAGGCAUGAAAAAGAGAUGGAGCAGAUGCAGCGCUACAACCAACGGCUGAUAGAGGAGAUGAAGAACAAACAGACCCAAGAGAGGGUUCGUCUGCCCAAGAUUCAGCGCAGCGAGGCCAAGACGCGCAUGGCCAUGUAUAAGAAGAGCCUCCGCAUCACCGCCACUGCAGCUGUCACCGCCGAUCAGGAGAGAGAGCGGAUAAAACAGUUUGCUUUCCAGGAAGAAAAGAGGCAGAAGAACGAGAGGCUUCAUCAACACCAGAAACAUGAGAACCAGAUGAGGGAUCUGCAGCUGCAGUGCGACUCCAACAUCAGGGAGCUGCAGCAGCUACAGAAUGAGAAAUGCCACCUUCUGAUUGAACACGAGACCGAAAAGUUGAAGGAGCUGGACGAGGAGCACAGCCAGGAGAUAAAGGAGUGGAGAGAGAAGCUAAGACCCAGGAAGAAGGCGUUAGAGGAGGAGUUCACACGGAAGCUCCAGGAGCAGGAGGUCUUUUUCAAGAUGAGUGGUGAAUCCGAAUGCCUUAACCCCAACACCCAGAGUCGAGUAUCCAAGUUUUACCCGAUCCCAAACCUGCAUAACUCUGGCUUAUAGCCUCACAUCUGUCUGUCUCAGCUGCGCUUACAGACUCUUCCUGGUGGAGCGAUAUCAUUUUUCUGAUGGUGACCGAUAAACAUGAAAAUACUUUCACUGCUUUGAUUCCAUUCAUCAGUAAGCAUGAUGUGCCUACGCACCGUUUUCUCAGCUUGUUGGGAAAUGUCCGAAGGAUAACGUGCACUCUGUGCAUCUUCAAAAUUUAAAGGUCUGAAGUUGGCUCAUCAGAUUAUUGUAAACACAGCCUGCUACAGCAAG